GGGGUGUCUUCUUGCAAAUGCGGCAAACGAAAACAUACCAAACAAAGUGUAUACGGCGAUGGUGGAUAGAAAAUUCCUUCCGUGGCAAAAAGGAGAAGAUAUUUAAUUUCUUCAGUCACUGAACAACCGUCCUCGAAGUCACGCAGACAGUUUGUUGUGUAGUAUACCUGUGUGAGUUCCUCUAAUCACAAAUUCUCUCGGUGUGACUUUUUUCUGCUUUGCAACAUAAUUCUUGGAAUAUUUCAAGUGAUUUCUUAAGUCUUUUCCCAAUAUCAAUGUGAAAAUUAUUGGUUUGGUAUGCAAAUGGGGACUCCUCGCAAGUGCAAUGAACCAUGUAAAUAGUUGUGCAGAAAAGGAGGGAAAAAGAGUAAAUUGCAGGUGAAGGUACCAAUAUAGUAGCCCCUCUUUGCACACGUUCAAAAGUGAAAAAAAUGCUUCUUCUUCAGUGGUUUUUCAUUUCUCCUACACCCAGUUAAUUAAUAGACUUUCUUCAGUCAUUUUGCAAUAACUGAUGGAAAUUUAUUAAAUAAUUUGUGAAUACGAUAUCAACACUGAAGAUAUUUUCAAGGGAAUCACCAUCAUGAAGUACAUUACGGAAAAUUGGAAUCAACACAAACAUGGGAUUAUUGGUAUUCGGUGGAGACAGUGGAUCGAAGAUGAGUUUAUGACGAAACGGCCAAGACGUCGAUCCGGAUCCAGUAUUGUUGUUGUGGGCGGUGAAGAUUCCGUGAAAGAUCAUCACCACCAUCAAGCGAGUGACUUGGAAAUGUUAACGAUGCUGUCUGUAAAUCAGGAUAAUGGUCCGCAUAGAGAGAUGGCUGUAGAUGUUCCGGAUUCAUUUAUAGCACGCAAUAAGACACCACCGCGGUAUCCACCACCACGUCCACCUAUUCAGGUAAAUCAUGGGAGUAUUGCGAUGCCACAGACACAAGUGUCCUCCGGUAGUACCAAAUCGUCCGGCCAUGGUCAUCAACAGAAUGGCUAUGGUGGGGUGUCCUUGGAGCUGGAACCUCUCAAUAGUCUCAAUCAUCAUCAUCAAAAGGAUUCACCGUCAAUUGAUGAUACAACAUCUCAUGAUACAGUGAAGAAGUGCUCAAGUAAGAGCCCUUCAUCACUUGGUUCAACGUGCGAAUCCAUUGGAUUUGACUCAAUGAGCUAUCGGACUAAAUCGAGAGGUUCACUGAGCACAAGAAGUUCAUCAUCGGGCGAUUUGGGACCACCGGAGUAUGAUUUGGGACCACAUAGAGAAUUACCCGUGGAUGUCCCAGAUACAUUUGUGGAGAUUGUUAAAGCACCACCAAGGUAUCCGCCGCCAAAGCCACAAAUUGUCAAGGAGGUGGCUAAACACAAAGAACAAACCACAUUGCCAAAGGGGCAAGUUGAUAAGCAAAUGCCACAGCCUCAGGCUCCUCCAACCAGAAAUACCGAGUUAAAUGGAUCAGCGAAACCAAUACCACCACCACGUGAUCACCUGAGAAUUGAGAAGGAUGGCCGGUUGGUAAAUCGAGCACCAGCUCCACAAGUGCCCGAUCGCAAAAUAACACUUCAGCAGCAGACACCGGGUCAAAUAGCACAAAUUGUCGAACCUACCCCAGAACAAUUGGACAGCAUUAAGAAGUUCCAGGAGCAACUCCGUAGACGACGAGAGGAAGAGGAAAGAAUAGCACAACAAAAUGAAUUUUUGAGAGCUAGUUUGCGUGGUUCACGAAAGCUCCAAGCUCUCCAAGAUGGUCCUAUUGUCAUCAAUCCCAUUGGGGUGGAGAAUGAAGCAUACCUGGAGGAUGAAGAAGUGGAAAGAAUUAUAGGCUAUGGUGAAUUGGUGAGUGCUCUGCAGCGUUUGCAGAAUCACCUGAAUAAGUAUGGAUUAGCAUCGUUGGCGGGCAGAGUGACGGCAGCUCAGAGUUUACUUCUGGGUCCGGGUGUGGCUCGUGCCCUGGCCACGCGCACAGCCGUCCUACAGCGCCGUCGACCGCGUGUGGCAAAUCCUAUCACGAGCAAUGUACAGACACUGGCUAAGGAUUGCAUGGAGUCUCUGUCACAGUCAAAUUCUCCAGCUGCCAUUGAACUUUGUGGCAUAUUGUCAUCGUAUGAGAUGGAGGGGCUGUUUCAAGCACACGAUCGUGUUGCCACGACAACAGACAGGAGCUGUACAUCGUCACUCCUGGCGACACCGGUGUCAACACCGGUGCCCGUGAAACCACCUGUUAUGCCACCACUGUCGGCCAAUGCCGUGAAUAACAACCUCAGCAUGAAGCAACGUGAGCCAAUUGCCACACCAGUGGGAAGUCUUCGAGAUGGCACGCAGGAUCACAUACGAAUUAUUCGCAUUGAGAAGUCAUCUGAGCCACUGGGAGCCACUAUUCGCAAUGAGGGGGAGGCUGUGGUGAUUGGUAGGAUUGUCCGUGGAGGAGCUGCUGAGAAGUCAGGCUUGUUGCACGAAGGAGAUGAAAUUCUCGAUGUCAAUGGCAUUGAGAUGCGAGGGAAGAGUGUCAAUGAUGUCUGUGCUCUGUUGGGCGCUAUGACGGGUACACUUACAUUUCUCAUUGUUCCGGCUGGAAGUCCACCACCGGGUGGUGGUGGCCGAGAUCCACCAGUUCUACAUGUUCGCUCCCAUUUUGACUACGAUCCCGAGGAUGAUUUGUACAUUCCGUGCCGUGAGUUGGGCAUUAGUUUUCAGAAGGGUGAUGUCCUGCAUGUGAUCUCACGAGAUGAUCCAAAUUGGUGGCAGGCGUAUCGUGAGGGUGAGGAGGAUCAGACACUGGCCGGACUUAUUCCUAGUCAGUCGUUUCAGCAUCAGCGUGAGUCAAUGAAGCUGGCAAUUGCGGGGGAGGCAGGUCAGCGUGGGAAGAGUAAGGAGCAGACAAAGGGGGCGACUCUACUGUGUGCCCGGAAAGGCAGAAAGAAGAAGAAGAAGGCCAGCAGCGAAGCUGGGUAUCCUCUUUAUGCCACAACAACACAUGAUGAGCCUGACCCUGAGGAAAUUCUCACGUACGAAGAAGUGGCCCUUUAUUAUCCACGAGCGUCCCACAAGAGGCCAAUUGUCCUUAUUGGACCCCCAAAUAUUGGACGUCAUGAACUUCGACAGCGACUAAUGGCAGAUUCCGAUCGAUUUGCCGCUGCUGUUCCACAUACAUCACGACCUAGACGAGAUGGCGAAGUUCCUGGUCAGGAUUAUCACUUCAUUUCACGUGCACAAUUCGAAGCGGAUAUCCUGGCGAGGAAAUUUGUGGAGCAUGGAGAGUAUGAGAAGGCGUACUACGGGACAUCUCUCGAAGCCAUACGCACAGUGGUCGGAAGUGGCAAGAUUUGUGUGCUGAAUCUCCAUCCGCAGAGUUUAAAAUUGCUUCGAGCGUCGGAUUUGAAGCCAUACGUUGUUCUUGUGGCGCCGCCGAGCUUAGAGAAAUUGCGCCAGAAGAAAAUUAGGAAUGGAGAACCAUUCAAGGAAGAGGAAUUGAAGGAGAUUAUUGCCACGGCGAGAGAUAUGGAAGCACGAUGGGGUCACCUGUUCGACAUGAUCAUCAUCAACAACGAGACCGAAAGGGCCUAUCAUCAACUUCUCACGGAGAUUAAUUCUCUCGAACGGGAACCACAGUGGGUGCCGGCUUCUUGGCUGCACAACUGAUCCCGCGGGAAGAGACGCAAGGGAAAUUUCAAUUCCGUUGAGAGGGUUACAUUGACACUUUCCAGGGAGGAAUAAAAUAUUAGAUGAGGUAUGUGUUUUACUACAAAUAUGAACAUUAUCUAUCAUAUUUUAUUUUGUUGUCUCUAGAGACAAAAAAAAAUGAGAAAAUAACAAGAGAAAUGGCAAAAAAUACUUAGCAAUUAACUCUAUGGAAAUCUUUUAGAAGAAACAAAAAUUGAACGAAAAAAUUGGUAACACGAGUAGAAAGACAAAAAAAAAAUAGUAAAUGUGCAUGGUGAAAGAGGAAGAAUAAACAUAAAAUGUUCUAAAGAAUUUUUUUUCUAAAAGAAACUUUAAGGGAGUAUUUAAAAUAUAAAAAAAGAAGAACAGUGAAGGUGAACCUUAACAUACAUAUUUCUUAUGAUAGAGAAAAAAAAGAGUUUAAAUACACAAAAAAUACCGUGAAGUUUAAUAGAAAAAAAAAUAUUUGUCGUUAUUUUCUUGAUGGAAUUUUAUACUUUUCUCGAGUAAGAAAAAAUUAAAAACUAAAAAAAAAAGUUUUUAUUACUUUUCUCAUUGCUCAAAUCCAUUGAUAAUAAUAGAAAAAAAGUACAUUUUAAUAGUGGAGAGAGUGAAUAAUAAAAAAAAGAAUGCAUUGUAGUAAAUUAUUAAAUAAAACAAGCAAUUUACCAUGAAACUCAUUUCGAUACCUUAGAAAAAAAAAAUCAAUUCCAGUACAUUCAAAAUGACACUAUGUGUAGAACUUUUUCAAAUGAUUGAGGAAAAUAAUACCAGGCAAAUUGUUAAAGAAAAAAAAAGAAAAUAAUUGGCCUCAUUCUCUUAUAUUUAACCAAAAAGUUAUUGAUGAAUGGGAGGUUAUGUUGGAUCUAACCUAAAAAAAAAUUAAUUUAAAAAAUUCUCCACUAAGUUGAGGCGUCAUUUUCUUCAGUUUUACAGUGGAAAAAUAUCGUAAAGAUAAAUAAGAAAGACGAAAUUCUUUUAGCUUCACAAGAAUUCUUUGAUUCCUUGUAUCAAUUGGAUUGGGUUCUCACUCAAAGAACAAAGAAUCACCCCAUACAUGAGUAUUCCAAAUAUCGGUCAACGGGCUCAUAUAGCCGAUGUUGUCGCGCGCCAACAAGACUUUAAUAAAUAAUAAACAAUAAAAUAAAUUGAGAAAUAAAUUGCGGGAUGACCUAAUUUGGAAUAUUUUUAACAACCAAAAUAUCUAAAUUUUAGAUCUAGGUAUUAUAAAUCAAUAUAAAAUUGAAAUUAUUUUAAAAUUUAUAUCAAUUGCUUUAUUUUACAGUAGACUCUUUCUCAAUUGGGCAUUUGGGGCAAAAUGUCAUCCGGUUUAUCGAUAAAUUUGGGCGUCAAAGCCUCUGUAUAUUCCACAAAAAGCGCUCAAUUAUAAAGAAUCACGAUAAAAUAGGAAGAACUGCAGCAAAUUUGAGCAAAUUAGUUCAUAGUUAAACGUGCAAAUUGUUAACAAAAUUUUUCUCCCUAUUGAAAAAGAGCCGAUUGAGCGAGAGUCUACUGUAACUGGGAAAAUUCAAAACAUUAAUUAAUAUAUUUUUGCUAUUUUUUUAGACUUGCAAACACAAAAGUAUGCAAGCCGAUAUGUUCCUGGAGUAGAUGGAAAUAUAUUUUGUUGUUCGUUUCUCGCUUGGUGGAAAGUCAAACAAAAUUGUUUCAUGCAGUUGCAAGCGGUAAUUUUGACAUUGAGUCGAUUUUGAUAAUAUUUUCCUUCAUUCUAUUUCCCGAUUUGAAUUCAGAUUACCAAUUUAUUUCCUCGGGUAGUUACUGUAUCUAAAUCAAUGGGGUUUGUAGUGGAGAGAAUUAAAAUCCAGCGACCGCAGGAGUGUUUGACAACGAUUCUCUGCACCUCCUUAAAAGAAUACUUCUGGUACAUUGACUGAAUGCGUUAGUUCAUGAAAAUGUCUUGGGUAAAGUGAGGUAAUUUAGAACCAUUUACAAUUUGGGACGUUUGAGAUUUUCUUAUUGUUUCAGAUGAGCAAAAAGAAAACAAAGACCUGAAAUAGAAGAAAAGAACGAUUAAGAAAAAAACUGGAACAGUUUUUCUUUAUUUAAAUCUCUAAAACAGUCUGAAAAUCUCAAUGUCCCAAGUUGUAAAUGGUUCCAAAUUACCUCAUUUUACUCUAUGCAUUUUUCAGUGCAUUUUUUAAGGAGCCAAAAAACUAAGAUUCAAUUCAAUUCGAAAAAAGGAAAAAUCAUUAGAAUAGAUUUCAGUUUAUUUCAAACAUUUUAAACUAUCUAUCUACAGAUAUAAACCCUGAUAUCACAUUUUCACAUUAAGAUUAAAAUCUGGUUUACAUUAAUUGUCGCUGAUGAGCAUUCAAAUGUGUGAUUUGUGUCUUUGAGUCACGUAAUAUAGUUUUUAUUGAUCAAAAUGUAGACUUGUCAUGUGAAAAAAAGUUUAAAAUUAUCUUAAACGUAAAUAUGUUUUACAUAAAAAAAACUGAUGUGAAUAUAUCGUAUUAUAUUUUGCAUUGAUUCUAUAAAUCAAAUUAAAUUAAUUUUUGCGGGCCAAGUCUAUCUUUUUAUCAAAAUCUCGUUGCAAAGUGAAUAUUCACCUUCAUAAAUCAGUCUUUCGGGAAUAUCUCAAGAACUAAACCAUUGAUACUCUUAAUUUUUGGAUAGGUAUGUUUUAGACAAAGCCAAGCCGGACAUUUUGUCCACAGACAGCAAUGUCUUCAAUUAUUCCUUCUUGGAUUUUCCAAUGCCAAUGAACAGAUUCGGUAAGAGAAUGUAGAGGAAAGCGAGCUACCUUCGGACGACUAAAGCUUCAAACAAUUGAGUUUUUUCAAUAUUUUUUUUAAUGAAUUUAGCCCAUUAACUUGAGAAAUUAAAGAAACAGUUUAAAAAACAACAUUUAGUUGUCCGAAGCUUAAGUCUCCCAAAGGUAGCGCGCUUUACGCUAUUUCUCAACGGAUUUACGCAAAAUGUAAUCUACUUCUAGAUCUUGCAAUUCUUCACAAUUUUAAUUGGUUAUUUUUUAUACUGAAAUUCACGAAUAGAAAAGUUUAAACACUGACCUUGAAAACCCCAAAAAGGACUUUUUGAUGUCUGAAGAACAAAAUAUCCUCCUUGGCCAUGUUUGAGACAUAUCCAAAAAUGAAGAGCAUCGGUGAUUUGGUUCUUGAGAUAUUCCCGAAAGAGUUGUUUCUAGAAGACAAGGAGUGAGAUUAGAGGCAAACGCAUGUGCUGUUUCGAUUACUUAGAUUGAUUUUUGUGGGAGUACUCAGAACAUUCAAAGUCGAUAACUUUUCCUGUUUAACCAGAAAAUUGAUCAGAAGAAAUUCUGCACUUCUGACCAGAAUAUUAGCACAUGCAAGAAGAAGGGGCCGGGCGCCUUUGAGAUGUAUGUUUGGCUCUUGAGAUAUUCACAAAAGAGUAGUUGCUAGAGGGGAGGGAAGGAUAAGCGUAGAGGUAAAUUUGAAGCACUGAGAAAAAAAGAGGGUACGAUUAACUUUUUUUCCUCAUAACUUUAACACUUUUUAGGUGUAAAAAUAUAGCAACAUUUUUUAAUGUUAAUUUUACACCUUUUUAAGGGUAAAAUUAACAUAAAAAAGGGUAACUUUAACCCCCAAUACACCUAAAAAGGGUAAUAUUUACAUCGAUUUUGGAUCAAUACUGCAGGGUAAAAUAAACAUUUCCGGAAUGUUAUUUUAACUUUUUCGGAUUUCUCUCAGUGAGUGACAAUUGGAUCAACUUAAGGGGGGGUACUCAGAACAUUCCAAGUCGAUAUCUUCAUCAAUUUGUCCAUAAAAUGGGAUAGAAAGAUUUUUGUCACUUUUUCUUUCCGUUUAACAUUUUAAAAUUCCCGCGAAAGUGGGCUGAAUAAGAAAAGUAAGAUGUCCAAAAAACAAAGUUUCUUCUACAAAUUAUACCAACUUAUGAUUUCCAACAAUAGUUCACUCUUCCAAUUAUGUUCAUCAGGAGCUGAGACCACUACAAACUUUCGACUUUUUCUACUGACAAAAUAUACAUAUGUUUUCAUCUGAGGAUACUGCGUUACACUGAGAGAAAUCCGAAAAAGUUAAAAUUACAUUCCGGAAAUGUUAAUUUUACCCUGCAGUUUUGAUCCAAAAUCGGUGUAAAUAUUACCCUUUUUAGGUGUAUUGGGGGUUAAAGUUACCCUUUUUCAUGGUAAUUCUACCCUUAAAAAGAUGUUGAAUUAACAUUAAAAAAUGUUGAUAUAUUUUUACACCUAAAAAGUGUUAAAUUUAUGAGGAAAAAAAGUUAACUGCACCCCCGUUUUUUCUCAGUGUACGACUGAUAGUAGGAAAGUUAUAACAACCUGUAGGAGAAUUUUGUAAUGAUGUGACAAUGUCAUAAAACAAUUUUUUGUGGUAAAUUCAGGAGCACGACAACAUUAAAGCCCAAUUAAGCAUAGAAUCGCUGAAGGAGCUCUAUGAAGUUCUUAGUAACUAAAAUGAAUUUGAUUGUUGAUUAAUUUUUCCGAAUUAACCAUAUUAAAAUUUUUAAAUUUGUUACAUGACAUUGCCAUACUGUUAUACGGGCUUUAGACCUAAGGGCCUUGACCGCCUUAACAGACCUGAGGAUUAGCCGAGAGACGGUUUAGCAUAAUUGAGGCGCUCAGAGUAAAAAAAAGUCGUAUGACUUUCCCUAUUAAAAUAGCGUUUUUUUUGUUUUGAGCUCCUCAAUUAUAUUUGAAAUAAUGGUUAAACUUCAUUUCCAUCAUUUUCCACUAAGUCGUCUCUCUUCUUAAGUCGUAAGUGGUCUAGGGCAUGGCAUUAGGCUUAGUCAUAUGGCUUAACUGCUCUAAUUUCUUAUCAAUUUAGAUUUUUUUGGAAAAGAUUAAUUAAGGAUUGGAUAAUUGAAGAUUAGUAAUCUGUUAGAUUUUUAAAAGCCAAUAAAACGUUUGGUAUUUAGGAUUUUGAGACCUUGUAGAACUGGGCUUAACUUCUAGUCUGAAGACUUGCUUUAAAGAAUUCUCCUAUUGAAUUGGUUACAUUUGAAUUGGGAUACCUAGUAGUCUCUUAAUUUUAAAUUUCCAAGGAUGUUUUAUUAUUUUCAAGUAUUAGAAAUUUAAAUAUUGUUUAAGAGAAUAAUAAACUUACCUUUUACUUGAUUUUUAAAACAAAACAUAUUUAAAACAAAUAUUUACCAAAAUAACUGCAGCUUAAAUAAAACAAUUUACCUGAUAUGCAAAUUUUAGGUUAAAAUCCAAUUGUAGAACCUUCACAUUUUAAAAAUAACAAAUUGGUUAAAUGAGAAAUUGAGGCACUGAAUAAAAAAAAAACUUUAAAUUAGGUGUGUUUUAGAAAUUUUAAACAAAUAAUAGCAAAUAGUGGGUAUUUUCCAACAGACAAGGGAGGAUUUUUUUUCUCGAAUUAAUGAAAAGAAAAUAUUCUUAAUUCAAUCAUCAGACUGAGUAUUAAAUUUAAAGUGAAAAGUCGUAACUUAGAUGAUUCCAUACAAAGUGUUGAUAAGAAAUAUUAAAAAUAAAAAGAAAAAAAAGCAUUCAUAUUAUUUUCUUGUGAAUGUCUCGUGUUAUUUUUAAUGUGAAUAUUUCCAUUUAGAGUGACAAAAAACAAGAUAUUUAUAGAGAUUAUUAAACGACGUAUUAACUAAUUGCUCACGUAAAAGAAAAUGAAUAAAAUAAGGCAGAAAAAGGUGGAUUUAGGAAUUUUCAUUGUCUCUUUCGUAUGAGAGUGAUUUUAACUAAAAAAAUUUUUUUGAAGAUACAAUUUGAAGAAUUUAUUACUGUGGGAAAGAUAGUGACGAAGAUUUAAGAGAAAAAAACACACGUCUAUGAUGGAGUCAUAGGAAUUAUGUAUAUAUUGUGAGAGAAAUGUUUAUAAGAGAUGAGAAAAAAAAAGAAUUAGAAUAUAUGAAUUAUUUUUUUGUGUAUAUUCGGAAAAAAUUUAUAUAUAUUAUUAAAAACAAGGUAUUAAAAAAAAUGAGAAAAAAAUAUGACAUAGACAUUAUUGAGAUAAAAAAAGGAAAAAAAAGAACUAAUCAAAAUGUAAAUGUACAUUAGUUAAAAAUAAAAAGAAAAAACAAAUGAGUACAUAAAA